AUGUGGACACAUCAAACUCCCUCAUCUCUUGAACUAUGGACUUUAUCUGAAGGAUUUAACAAGAAUAUUAUUACAACUUUAUAAGAUCUGUCUGAAGAAAACUAAAUGAAACACUUGUGUCUCUAACAGGCUGUUGUCUCUGGGAAUUAUGUCUUGUCAAAAGCAGAAUUUGCUGUGGCUGAUGAUCAUCUGUUGUUCUACAGGCCAGACAGUUCGCUCUGACAACCCGACAGUCAACAUCCAAAUCAAUAUGACAGAUCAAUGUUUCUGGAAUGGAAAGUAGCUUAAAUCCAGCCAUAAAACUGGAAUGUCUAUCAUAUGAUGAUGAACAGAAAAAGAAUGUUGACAUAAUGAAUGUCAAACUAAAUAUAUCUUCACAAGGACAAUGCAAAACAUAUAGUUUCAACAUAACAAAACAAGAGGAGUAUUAUGAAGUCAGAAUGAAUGAGAUGGUUGAAGAAAACAAAAUAUAUUUUUUGAAAUAUAAAUGCCAAUGUUGGCCAGACCUGAAUAUAACAGGUUUUACUGUGAACUGCCGAACAGAGCAAAUCAAUGACCUCAAAAAACUGAUAUGCCUAAACAAAGAUUGUGGGAUAAACGAUGCUGUUGAUCCUGGAGAGAGAUGUAGAAACGCUAAAUACAAACUCUCUAUGUGCAAGGAGAAAAGAAGUGGAUACAUUCUGCGUUUAAAAGACCAGCCAGAUCAGUGGAAGUGUGUGACCUGCAAUAAACCAAAUACUCCUUGUAGUCAAGGGAACAAAACUGCCUGUAUCAAACAACCUGAGACAAAUAUCAGUCUACCUGAAAUUAUUAAAGACGAGGAUGGAUUUAUUGAUCCUGCAAAAGCAUCAGAUGCCUUGGAAAAUAUGACGUCUCUGGUGAAGAAGAUAGAAAAAGACAAACUCAGUGCAGUGAUUGACAUGGGGGAUGUUAUUGGUGUUCUCCAAAUACAAGCCAAUAACACAGAAACUGAAGACUUUUGCUACUCUUCAGAUCAGAAUGUGAUGAACGUAAGACCUGAGAAGCAUUAAAGUUAU